UUUUUGCUACCUAUGUCUUUGGUAAUUAGCUGAUAUUGUUUGCAGCACAGGAUAAUAGGUUUUCGUGUUGUUGUUUUACAAAAAAUUACUUCCAUGGUAACAGAAGAACUGUAAACAAGAAUUUCUUUUUUUACAACAAGUAUCAGAAUUGAAUGAAAAAGUAAAGAAAGAAACCCGACUGUAUUAGAAGAAGCGAGAGUGUGGAAAAUUGAUUCUAGUUUGUUUAUUUGUAUAUUUAUUUAUUUGUUUAUUUAAUUAUUUAUUUAUUUAUUUAUUUAUUUACUUAAUGCGCAAAUGUUUCGGGUAACAAAAGGGAAAUGCUUACGUUAAAAAAUAAAAUUCACUAUCCCGAUUGUCGAUCAAGGAAAUAAUGCCACAAACAAAAAAGCGUUACUGCCAAAAAUGGUUUAUCCAAAUUUAUCAGUAACUUCUGACGCAUUGAAAUGGCGAUUCUGUUACGGACAUGAGAAAAUAAGUUACACUCCAUCGGCGCGUAUGUACUACCUAGUGAUUGGUUCAUUUUACAUUGUCAUAAGCUUAUUGGCUAUCAAUUUCAACAUGAUGUUUCUAACUACAAUCAGAAGAAAUCGACGUUUGCACCGACUCUCAAAUUACUUGUUAGUUUUCUUAUGUGUCAUUGAUUUAAUUUCAGCAUGUGUGAUCAUGCCGUCAUAUGCGGUCAUACUUGCCGCAAGAUAUCAAAAUAUUACAUAUUGCUCUUUGAGAACGUUUACUUCCAUAGCAGGCUACUGUUUAGCGUCCAUGUCUUUUAUUUCGAUUUUGUCCAUAACAAUUGAACAAUACACAGCCAUUGUGUACCCAUUUUUCCACCAAUCACAUGUGACGUUGAAGAGUAUAACACAAAUUAUUGUAGUGUCGUGGUUUAUUGCGAGCAUUUGGUGUGUGGGAGCAUGGUUUAUUGAAGGUUUAUGGAUAACUUAUCAGACCUUUCUCGGUUGCUUUAUUUUUCUCACAUACGUGUUCAUUAUAUACUGCUACUCAAGAUUGUUUAUCCUGGUGAAACAUACCGAGAAAAGAAUGCACUCAACAAGGAAACAAUUUGAAACGAAAAAUGAACUUAAUAGAAGAAAUAAAGCUGUGAGAACAAGCUCGUUGAUUAUUUUGGCCUUCUCCAUCAGCUAUGUCCCCAUUGCAUUUAUAACAAUAUGGCGGUAUUUUUACGGUGCGACUGUUUUUGAAAGAACUUUUAUCUACGAAGGGGUGCAUCUUUUGUCACUAUGUAACACUUUUAUCAAUCCUAUUGUUUACUACUGGAGGCUGAGUGACGUCAGAAGAGAGAUUUUAAAAUUAUUUUGGGUGAAAACGAGAAAAAACAGUGUUAAAUAUUCUCAGGAAGAAGCUAUAACUUGUGUAAAAUGAUAUAUAUAUAUAGGUGAU